AGUGCCGCGGUAAUUGGCUGGAUGUGGUACUUGGAGAUGUUGAGCUGGCUCCUUCCCCCCAUGUCCCUGCACACACAUAGGGGCGGGUGGUGCGGGCGGGAGCGGGAGGCAGGGCUCAGCCCCGGCGGCGGCGGGGCUUCCCCUGCUGCCUGCCUGCCCGCCGCCGUGUCCGAGCCGCUGCUGCUGCUGGGCUGCUGCCUGCGGCCGCAGGACCCGGCCGAGCCAGGCCGAGGGGAGCGCGGGCGGCUGCUGGCGGCGGCCGAGAUGAUGGCGGAGGGCGGCGGCGGGCCGGCGCGGAGGAAGGCGGUGUCGCUGCUGGAGGCGGCCCGCUCCCGCUACGAGAGCCUGCAGAUCUCCGACGACGUCUUCGGGGAGUCGGGCCAGGACAGCAGCGGGAACCCCUUCUACAGCACCUCGGCCGACUCCCGCUCCGCCGCCUCCUCCCAGGACGAGGAGGACGACGAGGAGGACGAGGGGCGCCCGGAGGCGCCGGGCCCGCGGGCCAGGGGGGGCCGGCGCCGCGCCUCCAGGGCGGCGGCCGACGCGGCGGAGCGGCGGCGGCAGCGGCAGGGCGCCGGCGGCGCCGUCCCGGAGGGCCCCGGCCCCAUGGAGGAGGAGGAAGCGGAGAAGGGGGGCUGGACGCAGUCGCUGCGAGACGUCCCACCCCCUCACUUCAAGGAUAGCAGCGGUCCAACACGAAAAAUGCCCUUGACUGCCAGUGCCAUGGACUUUUUUCAACUCUUUGUUCCUGACAAUGUACUAAAGAACAUGGUGGUCCAAACCAACAUGUAUGCCAAGAAAUACCAGGAGAGGUUUGGCAGUGAUGAUGCCUGGAUUGAUGUCACCUUGACAGAAAUGAAGGCCUUUUUAGGCUAUAUGAUAUCAACCAGCAUCCACCACUGUGAGUCUGUUCUCAGCAUCUGGAGCAGUGGCUUCUACAGCAACAAGAGCAUUGCACUUAUCAUGACACAAUCAAGGUUUGAGAAGAUCCUGAAGUACUUCCACAUUGUGGCCUUCCGCUCAAGCCAGACAACGCAUGGCCUCUACAAAAUCCAGCCUUUUCUGGACUCUCUGCAGAAUGGCUUUGACUCUGCGUUUAGACCUUCGCAAACCCAGGUACUACAUGAGCCCCUGAUUGACGAGGAUCCUGUUUUCAUUGCUACGUGCACAGAGAGGGAGCUGCGCAAGAGGAAAAAGAGGAAAUUCAGUCUCUGGGUUCGGCAGUGCUCAUCUACUGGUUUCAUCUGCCAGAUUUAUGUCCAUCUCAAGGAAGGGAGUGGUGCUGAUGGGCUGGAUGCUUUGAAGAACAAACCGCAGCUCCACAGUAUGGUGGCCAAAAGUCUUUGUCAGAAUGCAUCUGGAAAGAACUACAUCAUCUUCACUGGCCCUAGCAUUACCAGCCUGAAUCUCUUUGAAGAAUUUGAGAAGCAAGAGAUUUACUGCUGUGGGUUGCUGAGUGCCAGGAAAAGUGACUGCACAGGCCUACCUCCAUCCAUGCUGAACAACCCUGAAACUCCCCAGUCCAGAGGACAGUACAGAAUAAAAAUGAAGGGAAACAUGUCCUUGAUCUGCUGGUACAAUAAAGGGCACUUUCGUUUUCUGACUAACGCCUAUUCACCGGUUCAACAAGGAGUUAUAAUUAAGAGAAAAAGCGGAGAAAUUCCAUGCCCAUUGGCAGUUGAAGCAUUUGCUGCUCACCUUAGCUAUAUCUGCAAAUAUGACGACAAAUACAGCAAGUAUUUCAUUUCUCAUAAACCAAACAAGACCUGGCAACAAGUAUUCUGGUUUGCCAUUAGCAUUGCUAUAAACAAUGCCUACAUCCUCUACAAAAUGUCAGAGGCCUAUCAUGUGACAAGGUAUAGCCGCGCACAGUUUGGUGAAAGACUUGUGAAGGAACUUCUGGGCUUGGAAGACAUCUCACCUUCCCAUUGACACAUUGUUCAUUGUGGCACAGGCAGGGGGUGGAGGGUAAGCGGAAGAAAAUACCACAUCUGGAAUGGCAAAGCAAGGAACUUGUGAAACCACCAGUGCUGUCCUUAUCCAAAAAUGCCAAGUGAUGUCACUAGAGAGGUGGAAACUUUGUUCCUAGUAGCAGCUGGAUGUAAACAUGUCCUACAGAAAGUGCCACAAGAAAAGUUGACACAAAAUUGCAUAUGUGAAUGCCCUGUGGGUAUCUGUACACCAGAAAAGGACUUAAAUUAGUCAUUUCUCAGUACUAUUUGUUGAACAGGGUCGUCUUGUAAAGUUUCUCCUGGGCUAAAAGCUUGUCAUAAGCUGACAUAGCUCAGAAGUCCCAGGUGGGCAUUACAGAAAAUGCUAUACCUUAGUUGGAGUUACUCCACUCUGGGACAAGCAAUGUAAGUCUGUACCAUGGGCUGUGGUUGAGAGUUCAUUGCUGUCCUCACAAUGUACUAAAAGAAACAGUUCAGAUUUACAAACACUUAAGCAAGCGUCUUGACAAACAAAACUUUUAAAAGCAGGCAACCAAAAACUGGUAAAGACUUUUUUUUGUUUGGUUGUUUUUUUUUUUUUUAAUUAAUGUAAGGCAAUUGGAUCCCGGUUAGAAUAGCAAAAUUAGGAGAAACCAAAUACUUUGGUGAAUUUAAAAUGUGAAAACGUGAAAUUUAUUUUUUUUUUAUUUUAAUGGGAUGAAACUUAUUUUAUACACAAACAGUGGGUGAAGUAAUACUGCCUCACAUCUUAACUUCCACAGUCAGCAUACAGGUGAGAAAUCAGGAUAUAACAAUUAUGUUUUUUUCUUGGUUUCAGCUGUAUCUUAAAUGUUGCUUAAAAAUCUAAUGUAAUGGACUGUUAAGUUUUUAUGAACAACUUUCUUUUCCUUUUGUAAAUGUCAAGACUUUUUUGGUUCAUUUUAGAACUUCAUCUGGCACACAGUUGGCAGGAAGAAAAUAAUUCACUAAUAGCAGUGUGUUCUGCAUUAUCACUGUGGGGUUUUCUGUAGGAAUUCUUCUCAUUAGAAUUCAAGACUUGUCACAGUAGUUGCAGUUUUGCAGAUUACAUGUUUAGUGAACUAACAUAGGCGUUUUGUUUUACAAAAAAGAAAAAAGUCCAGGUGCAACCAGAUGUUAAACCUCACUGAAACAGAGCGAACCCAAACAGUUUGUCUGUUCUGAGUAACACUGCAGAGGACGAGCAUCAUCAUGAGCCGGUGCCCUUGGCUGAAACUCCGUGGCUGGGUGCUCUUGGUGGAAUCCGAAGGCUGCUAACACUUGGGAAAACAACGCAGAGAGAGAGAGAGACAGAGGUAUGAUUGGAACAGGCAAGAAUUGACACAGAGGUGAAAGAGCACCCUUCCCUCUACACUUUAUCGAUUUGCAGCCCUCAACUCACUCAACAACAACAACAAAAAACCCCUUCUAUAUUUUAAAGGUUAGCAGUGAUGGAAACUGAAUUGCAUUAACUUACAGGGCACAAACUACAUAGCUACUUUUUGUUGACAGUUUGGACCUGCUCUGCUGAAAACAAAGCCCUUGCUCUGCAUGAGGGAUGCAGAAUCAGGCUUUGACAGGGUGGAUGCUGUCUGUUUGGGCUUAAAGGACCUGACUUGUUUUAGUUCCCCAAGCUUGGCAUUUACUGAAAAUGUUUUACAGAAGAAUGACUCAGGCUGCUUCAAGAGGAAUGGAGUGAUUGAUUUAUUUCCUUAUCAGUGUAAACCUCACCAGGUUUUAUGUACCUUUCUGGCAAAAGGCAAUAGAGGGAAACAGACACGAACUUGAGCCCUCCCCUAAUUUCAUAUUUAGGGCCAUCAAAUAUGCUAAGGCAUUGUGCAAAUGUGUAUUAUGUAAAUUGUUACAGAACAAGAAUCCGUCAGUGGUUAAUAAAUUACUGGCUAGUCCAAAGAGCAUCCUUGCACUGAUAUCCCACUAUUUCCACCAAAGUCUUACUUUUAGGAGUAGACUUAAACAGCGCUCAUCUGGUUUAAGCAGAAGUAAGGGAAUGAGACCUAGUUCCACAGUGACUCCGCUUGCAGAAUAAGCUGGAGCCUGUCCCAUGCUUCCUGCUCUGCCUGGCAACCACACAAUGUACAGCAGAGCAGUACUAACCGGUUUCCUAAGCACCCCUUUUCCCUUCUCAGCCUUCAAGGCUUCCACAUAGGGUGUGAGUAUGAGAAAGGCCUGCUAGCCUCCAAAAGAAGGGCAGGGUUUGUACUGCUCUAGUCCAUGACAAUGCAAGGCUACCUAGGAGCGCAAGGAUGAGUUCAGGACUUGUCCAUGCAGGGAACUGAAAUAGCUAGUUCUUAGCAGGCAGCCAUUUAUUCAAAGGCAGAGAGGGGCUAGAGUGAGGCAUUUGGGGCGGGGGGGGGAGGGAAAUAACCUUCAGCAAUAUACACCCCAGAGUUUCCUUUUUUAGGAAAUGCCUCACAGAGGUAGCUGAAGGCAGGUGGAGCUCUUAUCUUUAGCUCCCCACCUCAGACAGUGCCAGCCUAUAUUACAACAGGGAGCGUAGUUGCAAGUUCAUUAUGUCCUGUAAGUUAAGAUGGGAGUCAAAAUUAGGGCAGUGAGGAAAGGGCUGGCUGGAACAUUGCUGUUCCAACAGCCUGAAUGAACAGUAGCUGCAGGGACUGGAUGCAACUUUAUUGCAUGUCCCUGUAAUGCCGGCACACCUACAAGGUGCACGUGCCCCAGCAGAGCUGGAGCCCUUUGCCAAUUGGUACAUUUCCAUAUACGCUGAGAGGCUUGGAUCUGGGCCAUCCCAUACAGAAAAUGCCUUUUCUUUUUCAGGUGACAGUAGGUCCGAGGCCUUGGAAUGUUUAGUUUUCCACUAACUUGUUCUGUUAAUUAUAUGGAUUACUUGAGCUAAAAUUAUUGAGGCCCAAGCUUGUUGCCUCAGGGACUGGGUCCUGAGUAGUUUUCCCUAGAAUUGGUGUAGACAGGGGAUUACACAGUGGCUGACUAUUACAGGGAAGAUGCUUUAGUCUCCUUUGUAAAGGAGAAAAGACAAAAAUUAUAGCUUUGCAAUGAUUUUAAUUUCUUUAGCCUUAACCAUCCUGCAUCACUUUGAGCUGGUGCCCUAAACAUGCACAAGCAUUCCAUAAAUAAGCAAAAAUAUUUAUAUAUAUUUAUAUAUACAAAAUACCUGAAUUCUGGCUUUUGAAGCUAACAAACAAAAGCCACCAAAGCAUAGUCUAUAUCCAUAGAUGGCUGUUCCACCUUACCUUCUCCAUUUAUUGAUCAGGAAGAGAAAGGAGUGGGAAAAGUUAGGGUUUCUCCAUGUUGAAAAAGCAUCUUGCACUUUCUCUAAGUUAUUACAAUCUAGGCAAAGUAAUUAAGGAAGAAAUUUACUUAUUUUAGAAAAGCAAAAUUUGUUAACUACAGCUCAGAUUCUGUAGCGUUUCCUUUACUUCAAACUGGCUUUUAACAAUUUGGUUCCCCACCUGCUUGUAAGCCUAGAGCUUCCCUCCAGUUAAAGGUGGAAGAAAAAAAAGGGGGGGAGGGGUGGUUAGUCCCAAAAUAGUGCAAGAUUGUUUAGUUAUAGUGUGUGUGUGUGUGUGUGUGCGCGCGCACAUGUGUAUGUUAGUUGUGUAAUGGCUUGUGAAAUGAUAUCGAGUUGGAGAGUAAUUUUUUUUUGUAUCCUUAGGACAAUCUGGGUAAGAGAGCUUAAAGCUCAUCAGUAGUUAAAAGUGGAAAUGCCAACCAGCUCAGAGGAACUUCUCUGAAUUUUUCCAGAGAGAAAAAAGGAUGAAGCUGGAAUAGACAAGGGAUCAGGAAGGUUUCUUUCUCUCCUGUUGAACUGGAUUUUCAUUCAAUCUAUAUUUUUAUUUAUCCAUAGUAUGCAAACUUUGUUUCAAAGAACUGAGAACAUAGUAAGACUGACCACUUUCUAUACGCAGCACUACAUUUGAGGAAUUUAUGUCCUACCAUGAUUCAUUCUUGGAAAAAGUCUCUUUUCCCAGUGUGUAAUAUAACACUCACCAGAGCUUAGAAGCCACUGUGAAAUGGUUUCCACUGCUGUCUUUGUCUGAGUUGAAAAAUGCUUACAGGGCUUACAGAAACUCUGCCGCUUUUUACUUCAGCCCGUUUGUGCACUAGACAUGAAGGCACAGUUCAGUGAAAUCUCUUCUGAUUUCCCUUCCUAUUCUCUAACUCCAGCCCUUUUUCAUUUACAAAGUAGUCCUAGACACCCCCCCCCCCCCCCCCCAAUUUAUAGAACUCUCAGUGUCGUGGAUAGGUCAAACUUUGUUUUUGUAAGACAGUUCCUGUGGAAAGACAAUUUUAGUUGUUUCUAGGCUGACAUUAAGGCAACUUAAAACACCAUUCUCAUUCUUCACCUUCAGCUACUUUUACUCCCCACUCCAAGAGUUUUUUUUUUCCUUCUAACAUUUAUUUAAUAGAUUGUCUUGAGCUGAUGGGUAGUGAAAGAAGCCUCCAUUAGCUCAAUCUUACAUGGCUUAAAGAGAGUGCACUAGUCCUAGAGCUGAUUUUAGAGAUGAGUGGAGGAUUAUGCUGCACUGAUAAUUCUGCAUCUCUGUGCUACUUUCCAUGCAAGAUUGGAAAGUGCUUUAACAACCUCAGUACUCAAAAGAGGUCAUUAUACCUUUAUAAUGCUCCUCAAAUAGAGCUUCCCCUUCCAUAAUUGGACACAGCACAUGUAAACAUGCCAUCAAGCUGGAAAAUGGAAUUUACACUUCCUGCUGAUUAAGCCCAUGCCCUGAAUUUUCAGUGACUUGUUUUUUGUUCAAAUGCACUUUUUCAAAUUAGAACUGAAAGCAAGCCACACACCUCCCUGUUGUGGAGUAAGGGCUGUGGGAUGUCAACACCACAUGUUUUUUAAUGCCUUAUAGGUCUCAUUGAGUCAAAACCAAGUUGCACUAAACGUAAGAGAAAACUCUGGAUAGAAUGUAGCAGCCCAAUCUACCUGGAAAAGCUUAGAGGAGACAUAUGGAGAAUCUGAAGCUCCAUUAUAAUUCAAUAAGCAGUGCAAAAUUCAGGCAAAAAUAAUUACCAAGACUAUCUUGAGAAGAAAAGUCAUCUAGGUUCAGACUAAAUAUGUCUUCCAUCUAUCUCUGUUAUGGAGUUUGCCAUGGCACUUUCAUGCUACUAGGACUGAUGUAAGAUUAGCUGUUUGCACAAGAGCUCAUCUCAAUCUGGUUGAGAAAGGGACAUUCAAGUGUCAAAGGAACAUCAGCAGUGUUUUACAAAGGCAAGGAGCUCUACUGCAAGUUGAAAACACGUAUAUAUUUGGCCUGCCAUUAACCAGGAUACUUUACAAAGACAGAUCAUACUGUCAUCUGCUUGAAUGCAAACCUAUCAGCAGUGCUGCUUGAUAUAUAUUCCUUCUUGUAAAAGUUCUUCCCAAACCUUUCUUUGUUCCCAGAAGCAUUACAAACUAGAGCUGGAAAAACCCCUGUAUCACCAUCUCACUCUUGCAGAACAGUUAAGAGUAUUUGUGCUUUGUCAGCUGGGUCUCUUUCUUUUCUCUAAGGAGAUUGUUCUGUGUCUUCAGAAAUCUAGCUGUGAUGAAUUUUCCUGACAUAUUGAUUUCCUUUGCUUUCCCCAUUCCAUGCAUUUAGACCAUAUCCAAAUCAUCUUGCUAGUUGUUGGUCAGUCUGGAAGAGGUAACAACACAGAGCUGGGCUUUCAGUUUAUUUUUAUGGCACUAGUUUACUGACCUUUUCUGCUAUUUUGUGAUUCUCCAGAUGAAACAGGGUAUUGUUUCUGAAGCCUAUACUAAUUGCCACCACUGUGAAAGCAUUGCCUGUGUUGCCCCAUUAGGUUCAUCUGGGCCCAAGACAGAUAGCAGUACCACCCCCAGUGCUCUCAUUAGAAUGGCUGUAAUAUUCUUCUCAGCUCUAGAUUGCUGUCAGAGGGGCUUUUGACAUAGUUUGUGUGUUUGUUUUAAAAACCCUUUCCACUCUCACCACUUUAAUGGUUCUGGUGAACAACUAUUAGGUAUCAUGAAAAGACUUUAAGUGGAAAAUCCCUUUUGUAUCACUCUUAAGUAAUAAUUGCUUGUAUUUGAUGUCAAGGUGGACCACACAAUGUGUAGUGCAAAAAAUUUAUCCAUGAAAACAUCACUCCGCAAAAGUGCUCAUUUGAUGCAACUGCAACAGUCCAUGGAGAUGUGGGGGAAUCUGGAUGAAGAACCUAGUUAUAAAGGACCAUAACCCCGUCACGCAGGGCCGCAAUGUCCUGUAUCUGAUUGGAUGAACAAAUGGCAGAGAGAGGAGUGUAAUUUGGGAUCCAAGCUCCUUGGACAAACAGACUUCAGGGAAAGGAGAGCUAGAGAUUGCCAAGUUAGUGUCAUACCCUGGUCAUGACAGGGACUUUGGAAGGAGCAAAGUUUAAGCUCUGCUAAGCAAAGGAAAGGCCAGGUCCAUAAAAAUUUGCCCACAACCCUGGAAAAUCUGUUUUUAAAAAGAAGCUAGCAAAUGCUUUCAUUUUACAGUGUGCUCUGGAUUUCAAAUAGAGCAUUUCCCUUUUUUCACCAAUCACGAAAGGCCUAGAAACAGUAAAACAAAGCCCGGUACACUAGGUUCAUCAGUCCAGAAUCCCAAGCCACUUCGUGACAAAGUAACUGGGCUGGUGUUCUCCAAUUAAUCUCUGUCAAGGUGUGUGUAAAAAGUGACUACCAGACAACUCACACCUCAUUAUGAAACCAAGUUACUCAUUUGAUGGAAAACAAAGUGCAAGUCUAUUGGACUUACUUUUGCAACUGAGAGGUUUCUUUUCUUCAUAAGCCAAGUCUUUGCCUGACAUUCUGAUACAGAAAUUAAAAUAAAUUUACCCUGUGUUCUGGGGUGAGAUUAGAGACAGCAAAACUAAAUUAUGCAAACUGAUCUGAUACAGUAUGGAUGGAGCUAAUCACCACAGUCUGAUGUAAUGAAGAGUUUAAGAGGAACAGCACAUCUGAGGAGGCAGAGGAAGGGUUCAGAGGUUGGGAAUGCAAAUGGAGAGAAGCCGGAUGAUCGAGUCUAAAUCUCAUCUUUCCAGCAUGUGUACUGCCCCUGCUCUAUCCCAGCAUUUGAAUUUAAAAGAAAAGGAUGAUGUUUAACACAACCAGUCAGCAAAGUUGUCUUAGCUACAUAAACCAUCACUGGCCUCAUUCCAUGCUUUUGUUUAAACUAUGCAUGUUCAGUAGUCAUAGACCUUGGUGUCAAAGUACUGCUGCAUGUUGGCACAGCAUGGAGAUGACGUUUUGAAGAAAUGCCACAGUAGAAACAGGAACAAUGGGAAUUCCAGAAAAGGAAUUUUCCCAGUUAUAUUCUUUUUUAAAUUUAUUUUUAAAAUGUGCAACUUUUACAUUCCAUCAAAUGAAGUGACUGUACCAAACACAGAGAUAGGCCUUAGUUGAGUGCUUUCAAAAUGACUCCAUCAGGCUGUGCUCACAACAUAAACAACUGCAAUUUUGUUGCAAAGUUCCAUAUUCCUUACAGUUCUAAAGACUUUUGUUGGAAAUGUAAAUUCUAGAGUUUAAUCAUACACUGCAAUUGCUUUCUUUUUUCUUUCAAAACUUUUCAGAGCAAUUUUAUAACAGCCAAGUCUUUCAGGAAAUGCAUGCGUGUGACCUCUUCACAGGAAGAGAUCCACAACUGUAUUUCUGCGUGGGACAGGGAACUACUUUUGUGACACUGGUUUUGUUCUACACAAAGGCACGCUUGCAAUAAAUUUUUACAGAUUUUGUACACCAUGAGCUAAAUUCUGAGUUCCAAAAAUGUGAAGUGUGGCAACAACAAUAACAAAAAGGAUUUAUAGUAUCACUCUGAUAUCUUGUCAUGUGAUUUUAUUUCUUCAACAAAGUUUGUUUACAAUCAAUCAACAACAACUUUGAAAUACAGUCAGAUAUAUUA